GAGCAGAUCUGGGAAGCUAUGAAGCAUCGCUCUGUUGCCAAGGACAUAAGGCAUGAACUGCAUAUUGCUCCCACAAUUUAUGAUAUAGAUUCCUCUCGUCGGACUGGCCUAUCAAGUUUGUUUGUUGGGGCUUUUUUUUUAAACCUCAAUUCUGUAUCACGCAAAAAGGGGACAUGUAUAAAACAUUUGGUAUAAAGCAAAGAUCAGCAGAGAAGGAGUAACACGUCCAUUGGUGGUAUCAAGUGGAGCUGCACCGUGCUGGUUAACGAACCUGCACUGAACAAGAAAAUACAAUGACAAGGUAAUAUCAUAAUUCUUUUUAUAACAGCAUCAUUGGGGAUUCCGUAAAAAGGGGCAGAUUUGCAUGGUUUACUGGAGCAGAUGAGCCCUCAGAUGAUCGUUUACUGCUUCCUAGAGACCACUACAAUAUUAUCAGUGUGCUUUUACUGGCUAUUAGGAGCAAUUUAACAAGAGAGGGUUUAUGUUGACCACCUAGUCCCGAAACACCACAUACUAUAAUAAAAACCCGAAACAGGAGGAUCUUAUAAGGAUCCAGUGCUUUUAAAGUACUAAAAAGAAAAACUACAAUUAGAUGAGAAUAGCUACACAGACAUUCUGUUCUCUCCAAAUAAAAUAAUUAAAAAAAAUAAUAAUAAAUAUAUGCAUAUAUACAUACAUACAUAUAUAUAUAAAUUAUUAUUUUUUAUUAUUAUAUAUAAACGACUAAUUGCUUUGUGUUAUGUUUUUGAGGUUCCAUGAGCUCUGUGAUGAUAGUGAAAACUGUAUGACUGAUGGAUCCCCUUUGAGGAGCUGUGUAGCAUAUUAAUAUAAAGUUAGAAGCCAGUGCUAUGUACAAUGUAUUGCAGAGGAAAACAUAAAAAUAUGUAAUCUUCUAAGGAACACACUAAUCAUGGAACAAAUGGAUAGGAUGAAUAAAUUGGAGUUUGGAAUAAAUGUUAUUAACGUCGGGGAGAUAAAGGGCAUAUUCAUUUAACAUCACGCAUAAUCAUUUAAUCAAUUCAUUAUUUCAGCAUUUUGAAUUCAGGAUAUUAUAUAAAGUGACAUUUAUGCCUUGUAAACUACCGGUAAUUAGUGGGCUUUACAGAGACAAAAGAAUUUAGUUUCUUUUUAUAUUCAUGUGCGAUGAAGGAAAUGCCAUUCAAGUGAUAUCUACAAGGAACUUCUAUUUCAGCAAGGCAGUUUCCUUGCUACAUAGAUUAAAUUCACUCUAAUUUAACAAGGUGAAUUGGAAUUAUUUGGGAUUUUUCAUUGUAUUGAUUAACAUUAGCUAGUGAAAAUACCAUGUCAAAAUAGUGAAAUUAGAAAAAAUAUUAUUUUGUUAAUUUUCUGCUAGAAUUCCUGAUUUAGCAAAAGAAAAAGUUCACAAUGGCAUUCCUAUAACUGCCUAAGAAAUAAGGUUUUAGGAAUUCUCUUAUGUACAAAAAUAAGUGAAAUUAUGUUUCCAAUUUUUUUCCUUGAAUUAUUUACUGUUAAAAAAGAAAUUGAAUAUAUAAAUCAAUAAAUAUUCAUCAUACAGGAAUAAUAAUCUAAUAAAAAUUAUAGACCACUGGCAAAAAAUGAGUGCCAUAGGAUAUCUAAUUACACUAAUAGUUCGUAACUAAAAUGAGAAUUAUGGACAAACGACAACGGAAUUACAAGUUAUGCAGGAUAGCUAGCCCCUAUUAUGGAGUUCCCCAGCUAAAUGCUUAUUUGUCUAAGAUUGUCAAGUCUAUCCAAACACUUUUCCACUAAUCACCUCGAAUGGCCCUGAAAAGGUUUUGGUGUAUUUAACCAGAUCUCUUUUUUUUUUUCAUUUUACUCUCAAGAUAUACUGUCAGACAUCAGUAGCACAAUGAACAUUGAUAGGGAAAAAUUACCUAUUUAUGACUUUAUUUGUGGGAUUUACAAACAACAAAGUACAACGGGCUGUACCUAAAGAUAUACAGGUAAUAAAACAGGAUUAUAAAAUUGUGAAACUGUCAGAGGGAUUCCGUAUACAACAUUUUACACUGGUUGCCAUGUGAUCAUGAUUAUUAUAUAGCUUGGAGGUAUUGCCAAGGGUACAUAGUAGAGAAUAGAGGGGAGAAUGAUUAUUGAUGUAUAUAUUGGUACAUGGAGGACAUACAAAAUAAAGGUGUAGAAGUGUCCACUCACAUAUUAAAGGAACACUUUAGUGUUAGGAAUACAAAGAUGUAUUACUAACACUGUGUUCCACUGCCCCUGCAGCCCCCUCCCAGCAAACUAAACCCUUUAUUCACUUAUAUUCCAGCACCGUGGUCCGCCUCCUCUGACAUCAUCCGAUUGAAGGGACCUAAUGCGCGUGCACGGCAAGUGCUGCAAGCACAUUAGGCCUUUCCCAUAGUAAAACUUUGCCUGAAUACUUUCCUAUGUGGUUUUCUCUGAUGCUGGAUGUCCUCUUGAAGAGCGUGAGGACGUCCAGCGUAGUUUCAUGGAGUCAAAUGUCGCUAUGCGAUGAGUAUUCACAAUGGGACUCACAAUGGGAGAACUUUCACAUCAAAAUCAGAAACAAACGGUAAAAAUAGAAGGGGGAAAAAAAAUAGCAUGUGGACAAAUCAAAAAAUAAAAUGAACUAAAAAAUACUUAAAGGGACACUCUAGUGCCAAAUUACAAAAUCAAUAAAGUCACCGUUCAGUGGACAUACCCCAUGUCUGCAGUCUUAGCAAGCCCUCCCCCUUCUAACCCAGCCCAGACUUUCUGUGGCUGUCCAAUCACAGACUUCUCAAUGCAGCUCAGUCUUUGCAAGGCAGGUGCUCUGGGCAAUUGCUGCCACUUGUGUUUAGCUCCACUGAGCUAACCAGACCAGGAAUUAAGAAAACCAGUUGUCUGCUUGAAAGCCAGGGGGGUGUAACCAACACAAUUUUACAAAGUGUUAAAUUCUAAUGAAAUCAGCACUUUUUUCAAAAUGAAAAAAAUAGGACACACUCUUCACACACAAAGCUUUUCAAAAAGUUAAAGUGCAUUAGAGGUCUGGAGUGUCCCUUUAAUUUUACCAAUAAAAACAAGUAGUUAAAUAAUCUACUUGUUAAAUAAUCUAAUAGGAUUUUUCAACUGAAUUACAGGAGUACCUGACUGUGUCCCUUGGACUUUUUCAGAAUUUUAUAAUCAUAUUUUAUUACCUGUAUGUCAUCAGGCGCAGCCGGUUGUGUUUUGUUGUUUGUUCCAUUUUUGGGGUACUGAGGGGGUCCCCCAUUUGGAAUACCUGCUGCCUUUCGAAUAAUGUGUUGUCGAAUUUAUUUAGCGCUAAUCCUUCGUUUGAUUUCUUUUCACCCAUAUUUGUGGGAUUUGCCUUAUGCAGUUUAUGGUUUUCCCUGCAGCAGGAAUUAAGAUAGCUAGUCCACAGUUGCAUUCCUGUAUUUACCAAGUCCUCUGUCUUUCAGACUCUUUUUUUAGACUCAUUACAGUCAUACUACCAUUUGCAGUGAUUACCAGUGCUGCAGGGGGUUUACACACAAUGCAGAAAUAGCUUUCAGCUCCAACACUGAACCUCAACCCCCCUCCUGAUAGGAUCGUCAGACCCUAGAUACACCUGCUCUAUACAAUCUAGAUACUUGUAGACAUUCAGCAUAAGACAGCUACAUACAUUCUUGGCACUUGGAAUGAUGAUUUCUUAAUAUGGUUAAUGUUGAACUGUGUUUCCCUGGCUGCUUUUUGUAUGGAAAUUCAUCAUCCUGACAGAAAUUUUAACUUGAAAUGGGCACGUCAGAGCCAAACAAACUGUUCAUGUGUUCUGUCAAAGUGUGCUUCAAAUUGUUCAACCAUCUUAAGAUAUUUACUGUGAAUACAUUCCAACUUAGCUGCCAUUAAAUACAUAUUUAAGCGACAUGUGUGGUAACACGUAACCAACCACUUUGAUAAUCUCACUGAGAAAAACACAAUUUUCCUUAACCAUGUUGUAGCUAUAAAAGGGACAUGCCAGACUCCUAAAAUACUUUAGCUUGCUGAAAAGCUUUGUGUGUGAAGAGUGUGUACCCUUUUCCAUUUUUGGCAAAAAGUGCAUAUUUCAAUAGAAAUUGCCCCUUUUAUAAAUGAACCCGGUUACACCCUCUUGGCUUUCAAGCAGAGAACAGGUCCUGUUACUUCCUGGUUUGCUUAGCUCAGUUGAGCUAAAUUCAAGAAGGAGCGAUUGCCCAUAGCACCUACCUCUCAUUGAGCUGCAUUGGGAAGUCUGUGAUUGGACAAUAACAAAAAGUCUAGGCGCGCUUAGAUGGGGAGGACGUGCAAAGGCAACAGACAAGAGAACUGCAACAUUUACACGCUGUCUUUAGACAUACCAUAGCUUAAUGCAUGAAUGCUUUCAUUUGGGGUAUAUCUACAAAACAGUGGUUUGUAUUAAUUUUGUAUUUGGCCAUUGGAGAGUCCUUUUAAGUACACCAGUAACACCUAAAACCUAUAAAAUGAGUACCUAAUCAGGAAAAAAGGGGACAUAUGCACUAUGGCAGGAUGAUUAAAGGGUUACUCUAACCACCAUGUGAUCAGUAAUAUAUGAAGUGGUCAUGGUGGUAAGAGUCUGAAUGUUCAGCAUUUCUGCUGAAACCCUGCACAUGCUGAGAUAGAUUACCUUUUGAGCGUUGGGCUAACAAAUGUUAAUUCUGUGUAUAUUUGGUCUGCCGUCAGCAUGCGCAGCACACUGGCGACAGAUGUAAGGAUAUUCAUCCCAUGCAGGGGGAAGCUUGGCUCACUCCUCCCUCAGUGUCUGCGGUCCCUCCACCUCACUCCAUUAGAGCCAAUAUAGAUUGUUUUCACAAAUUCCUUCCUUCCUCUGCCCUCCCCUCACUGGCUCAGAUUGCACGCAUGCGCUCUAGGUCUGGUAAAACGGUCCAGUGACAAGCUUCUCAAUGAAAAGUAUAUCAUUAGAUCACGCAAGGCCCCCAGUCAUGGAACUUUAUCGCCUUUACUGCCCAUAGCACCUACACAAGUUUUUACCACCUAUACCGUGUGUAGGAGAUUUUACUGCCCAUAGUGCCUUUAGGAGUUUUUAUCUCUUAUACCACGUAUAGGAACCUUUUCUGCCGAAUGUGCCUGUAAGAAACUGCUAUGUUUACAUAGACAGCCGUUGACAGCCGCUAGAGGCGCUUCUCACUGUGAUUUUCACAGAGAGAAGACACCAGCGUCCAUAGGAAAGCAUUGAGUAAUGCUUUCCUAUGGACUGACUGAAUGCGUGCGCGGCUCUUGCCGCGCAUGCGCAUUCAGCCGAUGAUGGAAGAAGAGGGAGGAGAGUCUCAGCGCCGAGGGCUGGUGAAAGGUAAGUGUUAAACCCCUUCCUCCCGGCGGGAGUGGGGCUAUGAGGGGGGGGGGAACCUAUUAAAACUAUAGUGCCAGGAAAACUAGUGUUUUCCAGGCACCACAGUAAUCCUUUAAACAGAGUUUUAGUGUUAAAAGGGAUUAAAGGCUCGAGAGGGGUUAUAGCUGUGGCUUAAGAGGAGUUGGGUUUAGAGUUAGAGUGGAUUACAUUUAGUAAUGGGGUACAUCGGUAUUUAGUGUUUACGAGCAGUCAAACAGAGGAUUAAAGUGAAGACGUGCCCCACUCAGACAACUUACUGCUCCUCCUGCAAGGCAUUUCCAGUGUGAGAGGCUGUUAGUGGACAGAUGGGAAGUGAUCCCUUCCGCUUCCUGUUCAGCCUCACAUACAUCAGCCUUACACUUUCUAUAACUGUUCCUACAGCUCUGCUGUCAAGCAUAAAUGGCUAACUUGACUACAGAGGACAAUGGCCAAGUCUUCUGGUACUUAUUUUGCCUCCCCAGCCUACAUAAGCUCCAAAAAGCACAUUAUAAGUUGCGGAAAUAGGCUCCGACUACAGGACAGGUGACUAUAGGCAGAUGCCAAAUCUGGUCCUGAGAUUGCUACAGUUAUAACAGGAUGUAAUGAAGCAAGGACCGAGUUCACUGGAUGCACAAAUAAAGCUAGAAAGAUAGUUAAUAAAAGUAUCCAAAUACCUCAAUGCAUUUAGAAGAGCAAUACAGGUGUAGAAAAUUCUAAACUAAAAACAAUUAACAAAUAAACAUGGAAUUUCAAUAUAUUUUAAGAUGUACAACCAUUAGCCAAUUUAGAUUUACAUGCAGAUUCUUACAUCUGUAAACACAUGCAAUACAUACUAAGCUAUGGCUACACGGAAUUAUACACAACAUUACAAUGCAACACCUGGUAUCUAGUGUUUAUUGAGGAUACUACUAUGAACAAACAAACCUGAGAAAGCAUUAAUAGCACAAGUGUGGGCUACAAGCAUCUCGCGAUGAAGUGCCUUUGAUCAGCAAGCUAGGUUAUUUUUCCUGAAUAUUUUGGAUGGGUAAAGAACAAAAGAUGCAUUCUGCACAAUGUUUGUGCAAUGAUAGAGAAUCAAAAAAGAGAGAGAUAUUGUGACAGCUCAUAUACUGUACUGUCAUCAAAACCACCGGAACUCUGACCGCAGACAAUCACCUUUAGGGUGAAAGAUUAAAUAAUGAGUUUGCUUUGCCAGAGAGAGGGGAAGAAACACAGGGGGGAAAAUGCUUAGUAUUGCAAGGUAAAUAACUAAAGGAAAGAUCAAUAAACUAAACUAAGCAUAUGCAUUGAUUUCACAUUAAAAAAUUAACAAUCUGCUUCUGAAAAGUCUCCCAGAUGAAAACCACAGCAACAAGGCCUAAAAUAAAAAUGUAGAUCUAUCUGAAAGGCUCAUUGUAGCGGAGCUCCCUGUACCCCGGCUGGGUACCUCCGCCAAGGUCGGCUUCGUAGCUGGAACAGGGGAAAACCUCAGCACUUCUGCCCCAGUCGCCGUGUCUUGACUGGGGCCCUCCUGAAGCCUCUCUGUCCUGGAGCAGGAUAGGAGACUAUCUCUAUUCACUCCCAGGGACUGGACGACACACAGUCCUUUGAGCUCUAGUCCUUAUAAGGACUUUCCCCGCAUAGUACUCCAUGAGCUGGAACAAGGUGCUGAACAGUGAUUAGCCCUUUCCCCUCCCAGUAACUAGACGACACAUAUUUCUGGGAGUGAAACUGAUUUUAAUAAGCCAAACUCUGACUUUUAUGCACAGAUCCCAGCAGGGGGUCUCCAUUAUAUUCAGCAAAAGCCCCUCCCAGGAAUCUCUGGGCAUGUGAGAUAAUUGCAUUAAAGACCAAUAAGCUAAUUAUCUCCCAGGAACAGAGAGACAAACAUAAAAAUACCCCAAAACAUCGUAAAGAUAUACAAUAGCGCCACAAAUAAUACAUCAUUAAAUAGCCCUGAUCUGAGAGGCCAAGUUCUCUAAAUAGCACUCAGAUCCAUGCAGUGUAAAGGAAACGCCACAGUGUUAAAGUUCUGACCAGCCAUGUGGUCCUAUGCCCCAAAUAGUUCCAGGGCGUUUGGUGCUUUUGCCGGUCAACUUUCAGGAGCUCCUGCAGCCGCAAUACGGGGUGCUCCGGCUACCUCUUAGCACUUGUUCCCCUUAGUCUCAGGCACCUUAACAUUUGCGGCUAAGUCCCGCUGAGGUGACCAGGAACCCACGAAGUCCUCAUGCCGAAAUUAGUUGUAUGGCGGUCGCGGCUAAGUACCGCUGGGACUAUUCGUGGGUUUGGUUCAUGCGAACGGCCGCCAGAGAGCCAGCGUCCGGUUCCAUUCACAUGAAGAGAAAGUGCCAACCCAGGGGGACCCAGGGAAAGCUGUUAAUGGCGGCUGGCAGAGUUACUCCCAAAUGGUGUCCCAGACCUGGACCAUAGUCAGUGGGCAGGAGGCUGGCUUCUACACUCCUCCAGGAGUUCGUGGCAAACGUACAUGUGAAAGAGCGUUUGUCACACUCAUGAUAUUGAUGGAAUGUUUGAAAAAGAAAAUAACAGGGUUAUCCACUAAAGUGAGAAUUAAAAUGAAUUCAGGGUGAAUUUAAAAUUCAAGGCCAAAGUAGCCAAACUGAAAGCACAGCUGACUAACAGCAUUUUUUCAGUUUAGCCAUUUCUACCUUGAAUGUGGAAAUCACUUUGAAUUCUUUUCAAAUGAUCACUUUAGUGAAUAAUCAUGCAUCGAUUUUAUUUCCACGUUUAUCUAGUAACAUUUGGAGAGCAUAAUUUUUUUUUCUUAUUAAUGCAAACCCACGUUUUUGGUGUUUGGAGAACAUUAGUGACACGCAUGUAUAUCUAUAGUUGUGACAGUCAGCACCGAAUCCCCAAACUGCGACAUAUAGCAAGUAAAAUUGCGUAAUGAAUGCAAUAGCUGGAAACAAGACCUUGAAAUUAGUCAGCUAGCUAAAGAUAGGAGCAAACAAUAAUUUCAGUGCUUAAACGUGGGAAUUUCAAAGAGUUCAGUAGUGAAUAAAAAGCAAAAAAAUAAACAAUUGUAUGAAAGGGAUACUGUAGUGGCAGGAAUACAAAGCUGUAUUCCGGGCACUAUCGCUCUCUCUGCCUAACCCCUCCCCGGUAAAAAAAGGGUUUAAAACGUCGGCGCUGGGUCAAAGCUCCACCCCCUCCUCCGUCCCGUGACAAGCGGGGUCUAAUGCACAUGGAUGGGAUAUGCCGCGUGCGCAUUAGACCUCCCCAUGGGGAAAAAUCUGACACUGGAUAUCAGCAUGCAGAGCGUGAGGACGUCCAACGUUAGAUACCAGACUAAAAGUCCGUUUCAAUUCAGGAAGCCUUCUUGUGGCUGUCUGAGAUACGGCCACUGAGGGCAGACUUAGAGCUGCAAUGUAAACAUUGCUGUUUCUAUGGAACUGCAAUGUUGUACAUCACAGGAAUAGGGGCAAAAGGUACAUUGCACCAAGACCACUUCAAUGAGCUGAAGUGGUCUGGGUGCCUACACUGUCCCUUUAAAGGGGAAUGGUCACUUCCAAGGUUUUUUUAAAAACAAUAACAACCCUGCAAAUCCGAUCAUAAAAUCAUUUUAACACAAGUUAUAGGUGUUUUCAAGGCACUAUUUAAUUCUAGAGAAAUUACUGUUCCCCUUUAAACCCUUAAGGACACAGCUUCAGAAGUGAAAGGCCAGCAGGACAUGUAUCCUUAAAGGGUUUAGUGUAGCAGGGAGAGUAUUUUAAAUAAGGUAAUGAAGUAAGAAAUACAAAUAUUGGUGUAACUCUAUUAAGGGCUCAGUAGAAACCUUUGUGUUUUUGCAGAGAGCAGCAGGGACCUUGAAGUAAUUGCAAAGCGUUACAGAGACCUUGACAUUACUGCAAAGAGUGCAGCAAAGACGUUGACGUUAUUGCAGAACGUGUAGCAGGGACUAUGAAUUCAGUGCAGAGUGUGCAGUGUCGGCCUUGACAUUAAUGAUACACUGUGUACUUGCAUUCUCGGAACUCUAAACAUAUACGGAAAAUAGAAGACCAAAUCUCUGUUUCUCACCGAUGAUAAAAUUAAAACUUCAAUACCUUAAAGGAACACUAUAGGGUCAGGAACACAAACAUGUAUACCUGACCCUAUAGCGCAAAACCCACCAUUUAGAUGGUUUGCCCCCUCUUAGCCCCCUUAAAACGCACCUUAUUUCCAGUGUCGUGCAGGUCUGCCGGCAAUGGCCCCACCCCCUUGGUGACAUAAUUGGAAUGGCCGAUUUUUAACCCCUGGGGAAAGCAUUGGAUUGGCUAAAAUUGGCAAGGGGCAGGGCCAAACGCCGUUUGGGGCAAUAAGCACCUCUUCAUAGAGAUGCAUUGAAUCAAUGCAUCUCUAAGAGGAAAAUUUAGUGUCCCCAUGCAGAGCGUGGAGGCGCUGAACGGGACUGCGGCCUACCGUGCAGCACUGCCCCAGGAAGCACCUCCAGUGGCCAUCUGAGGAGUGGCCCACUUGGAGGUGUCCCUAAUGGCAAUGUAAACACUGCCUAUUCUCUGAAAAGGUAGUGUUUGCAUGAAAAUGCCUAUUAUACUCACCAGAACAACUGCAUUAAGCUGUAGUUGUUCUGGUGACUAUAGUGUCCUUUUAAAUAGCAUGUCAGCAUCUACAGCAUUAUUUUUAGGAUAUAUUGUUUCCUCAAAGCUUUUCACAUCAUUGGCUGGGUUUGCUUGGGAAGAUGCUGUUUAUAAAAAGUAAUUGCCUAUUGUCUUUGUUUUUCUACUGUGCUGAAUUCAUCUUUUAAUGGCCGUUCGGAUGGUAGAAUUUAACCAUAUAAUAUAACGCCAGUUAUUUCCAGAAGGCCAAUGAGACUGGUUUCAUAUAGUAAACCAAGUACAAACUAAAAUAGCCAUUUACUGACAUGCAUGCAAUAAUGAUUUAUAAUGAAAUAUUAUGUAGAAUCAGAUUAUAGCAAAAUAAUGCAACAUACAAAUAACACAAAACAAUAUUUUAUCUUCUCGUCUCUAGCAUGGAAAAUGGAUGAUUAUGACCAAUUGGUAAAGGAAUGAAUCUGGAAUUACAACCGCAAGGUUCUCAACUUUCACACUGAAACCAGUACCUGAACCAAAUUUAAGGAAAUGCAACUGAGCAAGAAAGCUAUCACUUCUUCACGUUUCACAGACCAGCCUACACGCCAGAUCACUCGAUCGAGGGCGUUACGUCUGAAAUGGUUGCCUGCUAUACCGGAUUCCAUGACCAAUCGAAAACACCACCCCAAAUCUCACAAUACACAAUCAUGGAAAACUUCCUACGAGGAUAAACUGUGCAUAAAAUACAUCAUCACAUAAAACAGGUCUAAACGUUUAGAUCGUACAACUCCGUAAUUCUCAAAAUGGACAUAUACAGCACAGGAUUCCCAUCAAUGACUUGUAACCUCUCGGCUGUGGACCUGAACGAAUCCAGUGCUUGUAAUGCAACUGUGACAGCUGGCGGAGUUUCGGACAAAAACAAUCACUAUUUCAUAAGUCUUUUCUUAUCCUGCCUCUAUACAAUAUUGCUUUUCCCAAUCGGAUUUUUAGGAAACAUCAUGAUUCUAGUAGUCAACAUCAGGUUCCGUGAAAAGAUGACAAUCCCUGACUUGUAUUUUAUCAACUUGGCUGCUGCGGACCUGAUCUUGGUGGCGGAUUCUCUCAUAGAAGUGUUCAACCUUAAUGAGAAAUAUUAUGAUAUAACAAUACUAUGCACCUUCAUGUCGCUAUUCCUGCAGAUCAAUAUGUACAGCAGCAUCUUCUUCCUCACAUGGAUGAGCUUUGACAGAUACAUUGCACUGGCUAAAGUAAUGAAAUCUAAUCUAUUUCGGACAAAGGAGCAUGCACGGUUAAGCUGUGUCCUCAUAUGGAUGGCAUCUAUUUCCGCCACACUAUUGCCUUUCACGGCUGUUCAGGUGCAGCACACAGAUGAUGUACAAUUCUGCUUUGCAGACGUCAGGGCGAUACAAUGGCUGGAGAUCACCUUGGGAUUUAUCAUUCCAUUUGCUAUUAUUGGCCUUUGUUACUCCUUAAUCAUCCGCGUUUUAAUAAGGGCGCACAAACAUAGGAGUCUAAGACCCAGGAGGCAAAAAGCCUUGCGGAUGAUUGUGGUGGUGGUUCUGGUGUUUUUUAUUUGUUGGCUUCCAGAAAACGUCUUCAUCAGCAUUGGCCUUCUGCAAGGUAACAAAGACGAUCAGUCGGACAAUCCGUCGUUUAGACACAGCCAUCCGCUCACGGAACACAUUGUAAACUUGGCUGCAUUCUCCAACAGCUGCCUAAACCCGCUUAUUUACAGCUUUCUCGGGGAGACAUUUAGAGACAAGCUUCGGCUCUACGUCAAAGAUAAAAGGAGCAUGUCCGCUUUCAAUCGGUUCUGCCAAACCUCCGUGAAGUCUGUCAUUCCAGAGAGUACAGAGCAUUCCGAAGCUAAAUAUUGCAGUGGUGUAUAA